AUGCAGGAGGGAGUGUUCCCGAAGGAGGUUUACAAACUCGAAUUCGAGAACUUGGCCGGCCUACACGGACGCCGGUUGCAGUUCCUGAACGAGGCACGGCCGAGGGCCCGUUAUAUGUGGUGGACCUUCCUCAGCGCCAUUACCCAGCUGACCUGGAAGGUGGGAUACGUGAAGAAGAAUAUGCUCCUCGGCUUCAUCAACGAGAUUGGACACGACAUCAGCAAUAUCGCUGAGUCCAUCAUGGAACACGCCAUUGAGGAGGAGAGAGGACCUGCCAAUCCGGGGCCAGAGCAGCCAGGGCUGGCCAUCGUCGCGGACCAAGUCGUCCGCCGGACACAAGAAUAUGAUGGCUUUGACUAUGAGGCUGAGCUGGAGGAGGAUGAGGGUAAAAGAGAAGAUGACUAA